GGGGUAAUUUCGAGUUUUCGACUCAGAGCUGCCGCCGCCGUAGCUCAGCGUCACCGCCGACGCCUCAAUUCCUCCGCCUCCCACGCGUGGCGCCGCCAUAUCCUGGCCGUUCCCGUUCUUCCUCGCCUCGACAUCGCGUCCCUGCUGUCUCCACCCCGCCUGCGAUCGCCAUUGGGUUUGGAGGCAUCCAGCGAUUAGUUCAAUUCCACUGACCUUGACAGUUUCUGGGUGUGCCGGGGACUAGAUCUGCUCCUAGUUGUCAUGAAGUUUCAUGUGAUGAGGUCUGUGCUCCCGAGUUCCGGGAAUUGAAUUCGAACUGAAGCGGGGUGGCAGUCUCUGAAGUGGGGUUUCUGGAGUCGGAGCGUCUUGGGGGAUGGGGAGGCUGGUUGUCGCCGCGGCGGUGGCCGCAUGGGCUAUCCCAAUCGCCGCUUGGGUCGACUCCGUCGUUCCUGACCCCUACAUGGAUGAGAUCUUCCAUGUUCCCCAGGCGCAGCGCUAUUGCCGUGGAGAUUUAUUAACAUGGGAUCCCAUGAUCACCACCCCUCCUGGCCUGUACUACAUUUCUCUAGCAUAUGUUGCGGCUUUGUUUCCUGGUGCAUGGGCUACUAAGGUGGCAGAUGCACUCGAACCCCUUUGUACCCCAGCACUUCUCCGGUCAACUAAUGUUAUAAUGGCAGUGGUCUGUGGUGUUCUUGUUCACGACCUGCUUCUGUGUAUCAAGCCAGGAAUCAGCAAAGCGAAGGCAACUGUGUAUGCUAUUCUUGUAGCAUUGUAUCCUGUUCACUGGUUCUUUACCUUUCUGUAUUACACUGAUGUCGCAUCAUUAGCCGCAGUUCUUGCAAUGUACCUGUACUGCUUGAAGAAACGGUUUUGGGUCAGUGCAAUGUUCGGUGUCAUCUCAAUACUUUUCCGGCAGACUAAUGCAAUAUGGAUGCUAUUUUUUGCUGCCAAUGGAGCCAUUACAUAUGUACAAGACCUUUGUCACAGUGACUAUGUUUCUCAUGAGAACAAUGGACUAACAGAUAAGUCAAUCACGGAAGUAUCUGACCUGGCUAACAAAGCCACUGCUCCAGGUUUGAGAAGACGGCGAAAGGAUAGAUCCAUAACUAUGAAGAGAGUUGUUUCUGGAUCUACUAAACUGCAUACCAGUUUUACAGAGGAAAUAUCGGACAUCAGCUUCGGUUUAUGGAAUUCAAAGUGUAAAGUUUUAAUAACUUUUACACCAUUUGUAAUAGUUCUGGUGGUAUUUGUAGCAUUUAUAAUCUGGAAUGGUGGCAUAGUACUAGGUGCUAAGGAAGCCCAUGUUGUUUCUCCACACUUUGCACAGUUGCUGUACUUUGGUCUGGUGUCAUCUGCUGCCCUCCUACCAUGGCAUUUUACUCCCAGACGAGUAUCAGACCUAUUCCGCUUGUGUAGAAAGAACAAAACCUUUAGUCUUCUGGCAAUGCUCAUGGCUCUUGGCUUAAGCUUCGUGGCUGUACAUUUCUUCAGCAUUGCUCAUCCUUAUCUUCUUGCUGACAAUAGACACUACACCUUCUAUAUCUGGAGGAAGGUCAUCCAGGCUCAUUGGAUGAUGAAAUACAUUUUGAUCCCAUUUUAUGUCUACUCAUGGUUUUCAGUUAUCAACAUCUUAGGGAAAUCGCAGACAAGGGUUUGGGUGUUGUCCUUUAUUUUCUCAGUUGCCUUAGUUCUCGUCCCUGCCCCAUUAGUUGAAUUUAGAUACUACACAAUCCCGUUGGUUAUACUGAUUCUUAAUUCCCCAGUAAUUGAUAAUGGCAAAUUGCUUGCAUUGGGGUCUGUUUAUGCUGCUGCUGAUUUGUUCACCCUGGCGAUGUUUCUGUUCAGACCAUUCCGUUGGGAGCACGAGCCUGGAACACAAAGGUUUAUGUGGUAGUUUAGAUUGGCGAACUUCAGAAGAGACCAACUCCACUGUUCAGUUGCUCCUAUAAAAUGUCAAGUGCUGCUAACAGGGGCCUUUAAGUGCCGAUCCACUGGGAGUAUCAGAAAUUCAGUGGUGAUUGAAUCUUUUUGUCAGUUUUCCUGUAUACUAGGGCUCGUAUGAGUCGUCAAUUAAGUCAAACAUUGGUAACGUUACUUGUUAUUUCACCAUUCUUUGAAGAAAUAAACAUUUGACGUUGCAGUUUUACCUUC